CUUUAUUCCACCUUUGUCCAAUAGCCUGUGAGAUUGUAAGAUUACGACAGAAAGCAACAAGAAGUUUCCAAAAUGGGGCUUGAAAGUACUAUGGUCUGUGUGGACAACAGUGAAUACAUGAGAAAUGGGGACUUUCUACCAACGAGGCUACAGGCUCAACAAGAUGCCGUCAACAUCGUUUGCCACUCAAAAACACGCAGCAAUCCAGAAAAUAACGUGGGCCUUAUCACUAUGGCAAAUAACUGUGAGGUCCUGACCACGCUGACACCAGACACCGGCCGCAUCCUGUCCAAACUCCACGCUGUCCAGCCCAAAGGAAAGAUCUGCUUCUGCACGGGCAUCAGAGUGGCUCAUCUGGCCCUAAAGCACAGACAAGGAAAAAACCACAAGAUGAGGAUCAUUGCCUUUGUUGGGAGUCCUGUGGAGGAUAAUGAAAAAGAUCUUGUCAAGUUGGCGAAACGCUUGAAAAAAGAGAAAGUGAAUGUGGAUAUCAUCAACUUCGGAGAAGAGGAGGUGAACACAGAAAAGCUGACUGCUUUUAUAAAUACUCUGAAUGGGAAGGAGGGGACAGGCUCCCACCUGGUCACAGUCCCUCCAGGACCUAGUCUGGCUGAUGCCCUGCUGUCCUCACCCAUCCUGGCUGGAGAAGGCGGCUCUAUGAUGGGUCUCGGUGCCAGUGACUUUGAAUUUGGUGUGGAUCCAAGUGCAGAUCCAGAGCUGGCCCUGGCCCUGCGUGUAUCUAUGGAGGAGCAGCGACAGAGGCAGGAGGAAGAGGCCCGCAGAGCUGCCGCCGCCUCUGCAGCCGAGGCCGGCGUGCCCACACCCAGCGCAGACGAAUCGGAGGAGGCCUUGUUGAAGAUGUCGGUAUCUCAGCCUGAGAGCGGUGCAGCAGUGCUUCCUGACUUCAGCAGCAUGACAGAGGAGGAGCAGAUAGCCUACGCCAUGCAGAUGUCUCUGGCUGGAGGAGAGUAUGGUGAAAUGGACACAGGAGCCCCCAUGGACACUGCAGAAUCAGCCAAGGAGGAAGACGACUACGACGUGAUGCAGGACCCAGAGUUCCUCCAGAGUGUCUUGGAGAACCUACCCGGUGUCGACCCAAACAAUGAGGCCAUCCGCAACGCCAUGGGCUCCCUGGCCUCCCAGACGGGGAACAAGCCAGACGGCAAAAAGGACGAAGAGAAGAAGAAAUGAGGAACGAAUGGAGACUUCGGACGUUAACUAGAGAAUAACGAACACUUACAGACUAAUGCAGGAUUUCUUUUUAUAUUUAUAUAUAUAUAUAUAUAUAUAUAUAUAUAUAUAUAUAUAUAUAUAUAUAUAUAUAUAUAUAUAUAUAUAUAUAUAUAUAUAUAUAUACACGAAAAGAUUGCUGAUGCGUCGCCCUGCAUGACAGCACUCUGACAUUUAAUACCACCCUUCUCUGUCAAGACACUCAAAAGCACCAACGUAGAAGGAAAUAUUUUAAAAAAACUACAGCAUUUGAUGACGAUUUAGAGUGUAAUUUGCCCCCAAAACAUAAAUUGAUGAAAAAAAAUGCCUUGUGCGCUCUUUACCCAACAUUUCUCUACAUGGUAUAAUUAGUAAUAAUUCACCCAACAGAGUUUGUGAUGGCAGGCUUUUAAACUAAACACUUAACCACACUCCUGUCAUGCCUUUGUGGUUUUUUUUUUGCAAUAAAACCUCUGUGUAAAUA